CGUUCAGGAAGUCGGUCACAAAGCGAAGAAUGUGAAAAGCGAAAGGAUGUGCUCCACGGAAAACAACCCAGAGCUGCAGCCGACAUCGUCCGACCCGGCUCUUCUCCUGGAGCUGAAGACCAGGCGACCUCCGUCCUUGGUGGAGAGAGCUGGAUGUGAAACCUGGAGUGUUGACUUCUCUCCGGAUGGAGCUUGGUUCGCCUGGUCCAUGGGACACGGGAUCGUCUGGGUCGUCGCCUGGCCUCUCGACUCCGAAGAAAGUCAAAAUGGAGAGACUGACAGAGGAGACAAAAGCUUCAGUUGUGGUCACCCAGUGUGGGGGCUCGCCUUCGGGCCCAGACCUCCGAAAUCAAAUGCAACAGCGUGUCCGGCUAAAGCACGAUCAGAAGGGAAAAACAGCCUGCUUCUGGCCACGGGCUUGGAGAACGGGGUGAUCAAAAUCUGGAACGUUUUAACAGGCAGUGCUGUUUUUGAUCUCCACGGCCACGAAGGGGUUGUAAGGGACCUGGUGUUUCCUCAGAAUGGGACGCUCACACUCAUAUCAUCCUCUCGGGACAAAACUUUGAGGAUAUGGGACCUGGCUCAUAAAGGGAAAAAGGUGCAGGUGCUUUAUGGCCAUAAAGACUGGAUUAGUUCCUGCUGCGUAUCAUCUGACUGUAGCAUGAUUGCGUCUGUCGGGAGAUUUGACAGGAUGGUGUGUCUGUGGAGUCUACGUUCAUAUACAUUCAUCAGGAACCUGACAGGAGGGGCCCACAAGACCGUGUACCUCCUGUCUUCUUGUGACUUCUCUCCUGACGGGGCAAUUCUCGCCACUGCAGCCUUCAGCGGCUCCAGUUGGUGGAUCGACCUCUGGGACCCAUACACAGCAGAGAAGCUGGCCACUCUGGCUGACUACUUUGAAGAUUAUGGGCAAAACCAAAUAUCAGCAAUACAGUUCUCUCCAAACGGUCUGCACUUGACACUUGUGACAGACGACAGAGCUCUUAGGAUUUGGGAGCUGGGGGAGAAAGGGAUGGUGAUGGAGACAAAAAGAGACAGAGACUCUAAUGGACUGUGCUGCAAGUACCAUCCACAAGGGGGAGUUGUUGCUACGGGAACCAGAGAUGGCCACGUGAGGUUCUGGAGGGCACCCAGUGCGGUGCCCAGCUUGUGCCACCUGUGUCGAUCUAUCCUGCGCCACUCUAUCUCCACGCACCAGAUUGAGGCGCUUCCCCUCCCCAAGAGGAUCCUCGAGUACCUCACAUACAAAAACAUCCCCGAACGCCUCAAGUCCUGCUGCUCCUCAGAUGAAGAGGAGUGGGAAAGUUAAAUAGGAACUUUAAAAAUAAAUAACUGACAUUUUCAGCGAUUAACUAUGAUCCUAAAAACGCCUUGUAUUUUCUGAUAACAAAUGCUUUGAAAGCUUGAUGAAGCAUAUUUUAAGAUACUUUAGAUGCAACAUUCCUGCACUAAGAUUUCAUUUAUUGCACUACUGCGGUACUACAAAGCAAACAUUCAGUGUUCACAUUGUUGACUUGAAUAACAGUUUUAUACUAUUAAUUUAUUGUGUAAAUAUCAGAUAUAUAUCAUUUCUAAUUCCUGUGUUUACCAUUAUAUGCACUGCUAAUGUACUGGCACAUUAAUAUUAUAGCAACUGGACUUAUAAGAAAGGGUUUUAUUAAACUGAUUAAAACAUA